GGGCAGCGACCGGAACUCCGGCGAAGGAAGUAAAUGGCAAAGGAACGCUGAGGCAUCGGUAACCGCCCCUACGGCGAGUCAGAAAGGCCCAACCCUGUUUGCCGCGGGACAGGCGGCGCACAACCGGGGCGACAAACAGCGCCAAGAUGGAAGAUCGCGAUCAGAGCGCAGCGGCUCAGCGACCACCGGCGGCGCCCGCAGACCCCUCCGCCAAGACCCUCUGAAGCGAAUUGCGCAGGCUCGACUCGGUGCGUGAAGCCCGGCAGACACGCGGGCCGGCGUCACCCCGGCGGCAUCCCGCGGUUCGCGGUGACAGCUCCGCGGCCGCCAUGUCGCACACCGGCAGCAGCGGCGACUCCUCGCCGGACUUGCGCCGCCGCCGCUCGCGCCGGCCGCACGCGCAGGAGGACACGGCGGAGGCGGAGGCGGCAGGCGAGAGGCUCCGGCAGCUCAACAUCGGCGAGGGCGACGACAGGGAGCACAACAGGAUGAUCCGCAGCCAGUAUCGGGAGCUCAUCUCCACCGUGCAGCAAAAUCGAGAAUCCAUGCUCAAUUCAAAAAGCAACAGGCUGACAGAAGCUUUGGAAGAAGCCAAUAGACUUUUUGAUGGAGUUUGCAGGGCACGAGAGGCUGCACUGGAUGCCCAGUUCCUUGUCAUAGCAUCCAAUAUAGGAAAGGAGAAGGCCAAUGAGUUACACUCAGAGAUGUCAGCAUUUGAUUCAACAGCAUUUGCAGAAGACUUGCUGACCUUCAUGGGUAUAAAUCGCACAGAAGUGGAAGAAGCUGAUGACUCUGAGGACGUUCCAGGUGAUUUUUUACCCAGUCAUGCCUGGCAAAAAAUGGGGGAAGAAGCACCCAAGUACUUCAGGAGAGCACCCACUUUUCACUACAUGAUGGGAUCCUUCAAGUCUGAGCCUCCUGUACGAAAGCAGCGGAUUGAGAGGCAGAAGAAAGCUAGCAGAGGGAAAGCAGAACGGGCAAUGCCUGCUCAGUUAAAAGAAAUGGAGCAGUCUCAUCAAGAAGCUACAGAAAAAGAAGUAGAGAGGAUCUUGAGAAUACUGCAAACUCAUUUUGAAAAUGAUCCUAAUACACCCAUUUCCUUCUUUGAUUUUGUGAUUGAUCCGAACUCGUUUGCACGGACUGUGGAAAAUGUGUUUCAUGUGUCCUUCCUUGCCAGGGAUGGUCUUGCAAAAAUAAAGCUGGAUGAAGAUGAAUUGCCAAUAAUAGAGCCUGUCAAGCCCAGCGAGGGAGAGGGAGGGGAGGAGGACAGCAGAGCUGCAGCACGGAACCAGGUGGUCAUAAGUCUGGACCAGAGAGAAUGGAAGGAGAUCAUAGAAACAUUUCAGAUAACAGAAGCUAUGAUUACCCCUCUUUAUCAGAGCACUGAAGAAGAAAUGGAGACAGAGUAACUGUUCAAGUGCCUUAAAGAAAAUACUUCAGGACAUUUCUUCCAACAACUGUUUUAUAUGUAUAUGUUGUAAAAUUAAAUAUAUUUUUUUCUGGAACAUCUCAAUGCUUUAUAUGAGCUGCUUUGUUUUAAACCAUGGAAUGGGUUGGGUCAGAAGGGACCUUAAAUCCCACUUAGUGUCACCCCAGCCAUGGCGGGGACACCUUCCACUAUCCCAGGCUGCUCCAAGCCCUGUCCAGCCUGGCCUUGGACACUUUGAGGGACCCAGGGGCAGCCACAGCUGCUCUGGGCAACCUGAGGAAGUCUGGACUUGUGACAGAGUUAUUGAUGUAUUAUGGCUCAGUUUGCUACUUCAUAUGAAGUUUACUGUCACUCAUGAAAAAGGUAAAAAGCAAACACUGUCCCUUCUUCCCUCUCUUGUCCCACCCCAGCAGCAGCAAGUGCAAUUCACAUGGUUAAACAUCCCUGCUGGGAUAAUCUUGCUAUCCUGUAUGAUUUUGGGUGCUGCAGGAGAAUGGAUACUGCCCUGCUGUUGUUGCUACUCUGG